UUAGGGUACACUCUCCUCCCAGUCUGUGGUUCUUGCAGCCCCAGUCCCACACUUUGGAAGCAUGUCUGUCCAAGAGAACGAGCUACCCCAGCAGCUCUGGCCCUGGAUCUUUAAGUCCCAAAAAGACUUAGCAAAGUCUGCUUUAAGUGGGGCUCCAGGAGGCCCCAUCCCACUGACAAAGGCAGAGUAUAAAGCAGACCCACAGACACAGCAGGUACGCAGCAGUAUGGAAGGGCCAGCAGGAUACCUGAGACGUGCCAGUGUGGCCCAGCUGACCCAGGAGCUGGGCACUGCCUUCUUCCAGCAGCAGCAACUGCCCGCAGCUAUGGCGGACACCUUCCUGGAACACCUCUGCCUUCUGGAUAUCGACUCAGAGCCUGUGGCCGCUAGGAGCACCAGCAUCAUUGCCACCAUCGGGCCGGCGUCACGCUCUGUGGACCGCCUCAAGGAGAUGAUCAAGGCAGGGAUGAACAUUGCACGACUCAACUUCUCCCAUGGCUCCCAUGAGUACCAUGCAGAGUCCAUCGCCAACAUUCGGGAGGCGGCUGAAAGCUUUGCAACCUCCCCACUCAGCUACAGACCCGUGGCCAUCGCCCUGGACACCAAGGGUCCCGAGAUACGCACUGGAGUCCUGCAGGGGGGUCCAGAGUCGGAGGUGGAAAUUGUGAAGGGUUCACAGGUGCUGGUGACUGUGGAUCCGAAGUUCCGGACAAGGGGCGAUGCAAAGACAGUGUGGGUGGACUACCACAAUAUCACCCAGGUCGUUGCAGUGGGGGGCCGCAUCUACAUUGACGACGGGCUCAUCUCCUUAGUGGUGCGGAAAAUUGGCCCAGAGGGACUGGUGACCGAAGUGGAACACGGUGGUUUCUUGGGCAACAGGAAGGGUGUGAACUUGCCAAAUGCCGAGGUGGACCUGCCUGGGCUAUCAGAGCAAGAUCUUUUGGAUCUGCGCUUCGGGGUGGAGCAUAAUGUGGACAUCAUCUUUGCCUCCUUUGUACGAAAAGCCAGUGAUGUGGUGGCAGUCCGAGAUGCCCUAGGGCCAGAAGGACGGGGCAUCAAAAUUAUCAGCAAAAUCGAGAACCAUGAAGGCGUGAAGAAGUUUGAUGAGAUCCUAGAAGUGAGCGAUGGCAUCAUGGUGGCUCGGGGUGACCUUGGCAUUGAGAUCCCAGCAGAGAAGGUUUUCUUGGCUCAGAAGAUGAUGAUUGGACGCUGCAACCUGGCUGGCAAGCCUGUCGUUUGUGCCACACAGAUGCUGGAGAGCAUGAUCACUAAGGCUCGACCAACUCGGGCGGAGACAAGCGAUGUGGCCAAUGCUGUGCUGGAUGGGGCUGACUGUAUCAUGCUGUCUGGAGAGACCGCCAAAGGCAGUUUCCCCGUGGAGGCUGUAAAGAUGCAACAUGCGAUUGCCCGGGAGGCAGAGGCCGCUGUGUACCACCGCCAGUUGUUUGAGGAGCUACGCCGGGCAGCGCCGCUGAGCCGUGACCCAACCGAGGUCACUGCAAUUGGAGCCGUGGAGGCUUCCUUCAAGUGCUGUGCCGCAGCCAUCAUUGUGCUGACAAAGACUGGCCGCUCAGCUCAGCUUCUGUCUCGCUACCGACCUCGGGCUGCUGUCAUUGCUGUGACUCGUUCUGCCCAGGCUGCCCGACAGGUCCACCUGUCCCGAGGAGUCUUCCCCUUGCUCUACCGUGAGCCUCCAGAGGCUGUCUGGGCAGAUGAUGUGGACCGAAGGGUCCAAUUUGGCAUCGAAAGUGGAAAGCUUCGUGGCUUCCUCCGAGUUGGUGAUCUGGUGAUUGUGGUGACAGGCUGGCGACCUGGCUCUGGCUAUACCAACAUUAUGCGGGUGCUGACCAUAUCCUGAAACGCCUCUCCCCUUUCUGACCUAGUUGCACCCCAUUUCUUUCAACCCACACCCCUCCCAUAGUCCCACAUCUGCCAUCUAGCCACAGUCUGGUACUUCACACAGGCCCUGAAUGUCUGGGUCCAAUUACGCACCGGCCACCCAGCAGCAUCAGUCGUAUAUCCCUGUCUCAAUCCGCUCAGCUGGACUCUAAGAUGCCCUGAGCCUUUAAUCCCAGCCCAGCUGGUUAAUUCGAUUCCUCCUGGGUCCUGAUAAUUAGAACGGGGGAGUGGAGACUGGGUAAACUUAUCCAAAUUCCAUAGAACAAUUAUUUUAAAACACUCUGUCCUCGGAUAUAGCCCUCAUGACCAGUUCCCUAGCAAAGUGUCACCUCCUGAUGGCCUCAAGUCAGGGUAGAAUACUCCUUCAGGGAGCACAGCUCCACACUUUAGGGAAGGCUGGGGUAGAUGGGUGCUGGAGAGAACUAAGCUAAACUGGCUUUUUUCUUUUCUUUUUUUUCUGAUACAAGGUCUCAUUGUAUAGCUCUGACUGGCCCCAGACUCCUAGAAAUCCUCCUGCCUGACCCUCCUGAGGGGGUAAGGACUGCAGGCAUGAGUGACCAGCUGGACUUUAGGUAGUCUUACUUUCUUACUGACUCCACAAACCAUGGAGCCGAGCUUACGAGCCACUAAUCUGGCUGUUCUCUUGCCCACUGAUCUGCUGGGUCAGAUGAAAUUCUUCCACAACCACUUUGUCCCCACAUACAGAUCAGAAGCAAAAAUGAAUCUUUUCUUUUAAACCCAACUGUUUAGGUGCAAUUAUAAAAAACAACUCCCACAGGCAAAGAAUCCCAGACUCUCCCACCCAAAGAGUUGUGUGGUCCUGGCCCCAUGCUACAGUGUACUUCUGAAGGGGAACAGAGCGGGUGGGCAGGGGAUUAUUCUUGUCCCUGAGAAGGUGGAGGGGCUACUGGCCCACCCUUCCUAGGAUUGGAUACUCCAGGCCUCCCUCUUCUUCACAACAGUAAACCCAGAUGAGGAUGAAAAAACUAAGCUCAGGCCUCCUGCUCCCCCCUACCCCCCCCCCCCCCCGGCCACCACCUCAUCACAGAAUUUGAGUAUUGCUGCAGAUGGCAUUGUGCAAGGACCACAAAGAUGUUCCCCAGGCCCCUACCAGAAGGUGGGGAGGACAAAGGAAUGAGUGAAUAAGUGAACAAGUCAAAUUAGCAAAUGAAUAAAUAAAAUUAAUAAACGACCAAAUAAA